AUGUCACCUUACACUGAACUCUGCCAAACAAUGGAGAAACUUUCAACAUCAUCAUUUCUCCAGUUCACUUUGCUCCUCAAUCUGAUUGCAGGCGCCAUAGCAUUUGUUUUAACGAUUGCUGCAAGUUAUGCGCUGUGGAAAUCUCGAGUUACAAAGUUGUUCCAUAUCAAUGUGAUUAUUAUAUUUCAAGUCCAUCUUGCUGGAUUUUUCAUUCACUGUUUUAAUAGAAUCAUUCUUCAUGCCAGUGAUCUCUACAGAUAUACCUUACUAGAUUAUUGUGACAUGCCAUCGAGUACCACUCGAUGUUUCGCAUUCCGAAUCCAAUAUGUCUAUGGGCUCUGGCUAGUCGGUGCAACUACAGUACCCCUUGUGAUCGAGCGAUAUAUUGCUACAAUCAAGUCUUCAAGCUAUGAGCAUAUAGGUUAUAGGCUUGGAAUCUAUUUGGCAUUGCUACAGGUUACCAUUGCCUUUAUCUGCACUUUUAUUGCAUUUCAUGAGUUUUCGUUCGAUGAGCCAACAAUGAGCUACUGUAUUGGUGUGAAAUUCGGAGAGUUCAACAACGCUGAAAUUGUGUCACUGGUCAAUCUUGUUGUGCAGAUUAUUGCAAGAAUUUGCUUCCAAUUUUUGUUUAAACAGAACGAGAAACUACGUUCCGAGCAGUUAACAUCUACCCUAUCUACUCGAUAUUCAUUAGAGCAAAACUUGAAAUCCAUCGAAAUAUUGAAAUGUUUUGCGAAUCUCCAAUGUGCAUUUAUGAUAGUCCAUAUGGUGCUCUUUGUCUACAUUCUUCAAUCGGACGCCGAUUUCGAGCAAUCCACGUAUAUUGCGCUCGUGGAACUCAACUCCCCACAUCCCUUCUACGCAAUUGUCUCCAUUUUGGCAUUUUUUCGAACAGUUCACUCAAGUGAGGUGAAGCUAAAGAAGAAUUUGCAGAAUCAUGUGAAUGCCGAUCAAAAUGUGUAUUUUGAAAAUUUUAACAAAAUUUUGCAAUAG